UUCAAGAAAGAAGAAUAAGAAGAUGUGUAAGAGUGCGGCAUAACCUCACUUUUAGAUAUUUAAAUUUUUAAAUUUUGGUUAAUAGAUUUUCAUUAUUUGUAUAAAGUACUUUAGUUUGUUUUAUUUCAUUAGUUAUAUUAGUUAAUAUUCUGUUCCAUAUCAAUACAAUGUCGAAAGCUAUCACAUUUGUAACUGGCAAUUCAAAAAAGUUGGAAGAGGUUAUUCAAAUUUUAGGAUCAGAUUUUCCAAGGAAAUUAGUUAGUAAAAAGUUAGACUUACCUGAGUUACAAGGUGACAUUAAUGAGAUAUCUAUUCUUAAAGCUAAAGAAGCUUACAGACAAAUAUCAGGACCUGUAAUUGUUGAAGAUACAGCUUUGUGUUUUAAUGCCCUGAAAGGCUUACCAGGUCCUUAUGUAAAAUGGUUUUUGGAAAAGUUGGGUCCUGAAGGUCUUCACCAAAUGCUGUUUGGAUUUGAAGAUAAGUCAGCAGAGGCUGUGUGUACAUUUGCGUAUCAUCCAGGAGGUGAAAAUGACAAAGUGAUUUUAUUUCAAGGUAAAACUGCUGGUACCAUAGUGAGUCCAAAAGGACCAAGAGAUUUUGGUUGGGAUCCAUGCUUUCAACCAGAUGGGUAUGACAUUACUUAUGCAGAAAUGCUGAAGACAGAAAAAAACAAGAUUUCACAUAGGUUUAAAGGUCUUGAUAUGUUAAGAGAUUAUUUUAUUAAAGAAAGUGUUGAAGUAAUGUAGUAUUGGAUUAGGUAAGAACACUUUAAUGAUUGUAUUAUAUAAGUAAUAGUUAAUUAAAAACUUCAAUGAAAA